GUUUAAUAAUUAUGUAAUUAAAAUAAAGGAAAAAAAAAUUAUUUGGAAGACGAUCGAACAAAAUUAAAUUCAAGAAGCCAGUACGAGAACAACAGGACAGAAAAAAUUAUUAAUAAAAAAGGAAAACAACAAAUUUUUGAUAUCAAUUCUUAUACAAUGAGUCAAUUGGGCACAGUUUAUGCUACAAAGCGAAGAAGAAGGAAUGGGAAAAGUUUGAAACCACCUCCAAAGGAUGGAGUCACCAAAAGCAAUCCCUCAAAACGUCAUCGAGAAAGACUUAAUGCAGAAUUAGAUUUAUUAGCAUCGCUUUUGCCAUUUGAACAGAAUAUUCUUAGUAAACUUGAUAGACUGAGCAUUCUUCGUCUCUCAGUUAGUUAUUUAAGAACCAAAAGUUAUUUCCAAGUAGUCAUGCAUAAGGAAAAGGAGGAAAAUGGAAUGAUUCAUAUACAUCAUUCACAUUCACAUCCAUCAGACACAGCAUACAGGGCGAGAGAGCUUGGUAUCUUUGAAAAUGGAUUACAGGAUUCUGAUGUUUUUCUUCAGGCACUGAAUGGAUUUUUAAUGAUACUAACAUGUGAAGGAGAAGUAUUUUUUGCAACACAUAGCAUUGAAAGCUAUUUAGGAUUUCAUCAGUCAGAUAUUGUUCAUCAGUCAGUAUAUGAACUUGUGCACUCAGAGGAUCGAGAAGAACUUCAACGUCAGCUUUUAUGGAAUUCAUUUUUACCCCCAGAUCUAUCAGGAAUGUCGCUAUCGGAAGCGUUUACAUCGGAUAGAAUUCAAUACUUAGAGAGGAGUUUUACGGUUCGGUUUCGUUGCUUACUAGACAAUACUUCAGGAUUUUUGCGUUUGGAUAUUCGAGGGAGAAUCAAAAUUUUACAUGGGCAAAAUAGAAAAACCGAGGAACCUCCAUUAGCACUCUUCGCUUAUUGCACGCCAUUUGGACCACCAAGUUUACUUGAAAUACCUCAAAAAGAAAAUAUGUUUAAGUCAAAACAUAAACUUGAUUUAUCUUUAGUAUCAAUGGACCAAAGAGGAAAGAUGACGUUGGGUUAUUCAGACUCGGAAUUGGCAACUUUAGGAGGCUAUGAUUUAGUACAUUAUGAUGAUUUGUCAUAUAUUGCAUCUGCUCACCAAGAAUUGCUUAAAACAGGAGCUUCAGGAAUGAUAGCUUAUAGGUUUCAAAAAAAAGAUGGAGACUGGCAAUGGCUUCAAACAAGCUCAAGAUUAGUAUAUAAAAACUCUAAACCAGACUUUGUGAUAUGCACCCAUCGGCAACUUAUGGAAGAAGAGGGUAGAGAUCUUUUAGGAAAAAGAACUAUGGAUUUUAAAGUUAGUUAUUUAGAUACGGGUUUUUCAUCAAAUUAUUUUACUGACGCUGAUCAACUUAUCAUACCUCCAAACAAUUCACCUUCUUCUACAUCAAAUCCGUCAACGGGAACGCAAAGAACAAAUCGUCGCUACAAGACACAGCUGAGAGAUUUUUUAUCAACUUGCAGAUCAAAGCGUAAAGUGUCACAGGCAACGAAUGCACAGCAGCCUAUAACUGGUACGCAAUUAGCGAGCCCACCCGCGGGAUCAGCCGUAGUCGAUUAUAUAUCUGAUCCAGUAGCAGUAGCUUACACCAAUCUAAAUCCAAUGUAUUCUUCAUCGCCAGUUCCAUAUGCAGCAUCAACGGAAAAUCUUUACAUGACACAUUCUAGUUCAUUUUAUCCCUCGCCAGAAAAUUUAUUUCAUCAAUAUAGAAUUCAAAGUGGAUAUUAUCAUCCAUCGGAGUAUCAUCAUCAUCAUCACCACCCUUCUCCCUACGUAUCUAAUGGUUUUUUAUCAUAUGAUGGCUACGGUCUUGCGUCUGUGAAUCCUAAAGAAGAAAAGUGGCAUGAAGAAAAAUAUUAUAAUAGUGACUUGGCACAUGUUAAUAAUGGAAGAAAUAUGUACGAAUCAUCCUCUCAUCAGCCAGUGAUUCAACAUCACAAUAAGCAUAAGACACCUAAAAGCUCUCCUGUAAACACAAUCACCACAUCACCAUCGCCAAAUGAUAAUUUAAUUAAUAAUGUAAGAUCGAAUCCAACGACGCCGGAUAUAAUGCAACCAAAAAUAGAAAAUUCUCCAUCACCAAGUCGACCAUAUGAUCAAGUGCUACAUCGACAGACAGUUCUAAUGUGGGGAGCAAAUCAUCAUAAUGAUGCGAAUGCUUCUCCAUCAAAUACUCGCUCACCCUGCCAAACACCUUCAAAAUCUUUUGGAACAUAUAAUUCUAAUGCAAGCAUAAACACUCCUUUAACGCAUCCUGAUAAAAGUAAUAAGAAUAUAGAAACUCAACAAAAUUCAAAUCAUCUAAAGUGGAAUGGUAAUUCGUCGACUGGAAAUGGUAAAGACGUAAUAUCUAUUUUCCCAUUACACCAUGGGAAUGAUGUUUCAUCUGCAUAUUCUCCAUCGGCUUCUUCAAAUUCUAUACAUUCUAUUGACUCACGAUAUUCAAACCAUAAUAGACACGGCGAAAUGACCAAUUGCGAGGUAUGGCCUUCAUCUUCAUACUCGCAAUAUCAAUAUUUUCCAUAUCACCAUGUAUCUAAUGCACAUCACCAGCACCCAACAAGCACCCACAAAUCAAUUUCAUUUAUAUUUUCAAUACACCUUCACAAUUAGCUUAACUCAGUACAAUAAUGAAAUAAAAAAGUAGCGAAUCGAAGAAGUACUGAAAAUUUAAAUGAUUCGGCACCGAUAGUAAUUUAUUCGCCUGUUAACAGACUUUCUGUUUUGCAUCAACAAACAUCUGCUCCAACAGCAGCGUGUGUAACAUCAACAGUCUACUCUAUUAGUAGUAAUCCCAUUACAUCUUUAGCUGCGCAAAACAUCAAUAAUAAUCAAGAAGAUAAUAGUCCACUUUUAUCAUUUUGCUCGGUUACGAACACCUUAUUAAAUCAGUAAUGAUAAUAACAACAAUAUGUAUACGAUAUACUCGAAAUAAUCUGAUAUUUAUAACAUCUCUUUAUCUUUCACACUCUCAAUGCAAUAACAAAAUUUCUUUUCAAUUUUUCUUUUCUCCUUUUUCAUUCAUGUUCACACCGAUUCAUAUGAUACACGUAUAGAUUGUUUUGAAUCUUACAAAAAUUUUUGAAAUGUGAAAUGAAAUUUAAGAAACUUUUUGAGAGUUUUUUUAAAACUUUUUUUUCCUCAUCAGCUCAAUGAGUCGAUAGAUACAUUUAUUUCUCGUAGAAAGUUGAUUCAAACAUCAUCAUUCGGAGUUAUAAUGACUUAAUUGUGUUUAAUUUCUUUCACAUAAUGUGAAAUUUUUAAUCAAAGCUAAC